AGAAACCAAUCGAAACAGCCUAACCCAAUAUUUAUGGCGACCGGGGCGUCAACGCACAUACACCAUAUAUACGAGCUAGCUAGUAGCUAUUGGCCAUAAUCUCUCUUCUCCUAGCUACCAACCCUUACGAGCAUCAUGGCUGGCGGGGACGAGCAUGAGCAUGACGCGCCGGGUCGGCUGGAGAGCACCCUGACGGACAAGUCGGCGCCGCUGGCGGAGCCCGCGUGGGCGGCGGGAGCGGUCGAGCUCCGGCUGCUGUCGCGGCUGGCGGCGCCCGCGGUAGUGGUGUACAUGAUCAACUACGUCAUGUCCAUGUCCACGCAGAUCUUCUCCGGCCACCUCGGGAACCUGGAGCUCGCCGCCGCCUCGCUCGGCAACACCGGCGUCCAGACCUUCGCCUAUGGCCUCAUGGUACGUGCGGACUCUCUAGCUCCUCCCGUCUGUGUUUCUCUGCCCAUUUACUGAGAGCUCCAUGAGAGCACAUGCAUGCUCGGGUAGAUCGAAAUGUUCGGAAGAUCGGCGAGAUUUGAGAGCACAUGCUCUCCGACGGCCG